AUGAAUGGUGAAUUUGAGGUGAUUGGGGGAGAUUUUAAUGCCACUUUAGAGAAUUCAAAAAAGAAAGGGGGGUUGCAAACCAUUACAAGAUUAGAACUUGACUUCCAAGCCUUCAUUGAUGGCAACAACCAGAGGGACAUUCCAACCAAGAAUGGGAAGUUAACUUGGACAAAUCGAAGAAAGGAUUUCACAAGUAUUGCUCAAAAGCAUGACUACUUCUUUGUCUUUGGGAAUUGGAAUAAUGAGCUAUUCAUGUAUGAGGCCGAGAUUCUCCCAUAUAUUGGCUCAGAUCAUUUUCUGGUUCUAUUAAGGAUCAAACUAGAAGAUCCCAAAGGAGGUAGUCCAUUCAAAUUUGAAGAUAUGUGGCUGAGGGAUCCAUCCUUGAAGGAAUUAGUCCAUAAAUGGUGGAUGGAGACUAGGAUUGGUAAUCAAUCUAAAUUAUAUCUGUUUAGUAAGAAGCUUGCUCAUGUCAAAAGAAGACUCAAGGAGAAUAAGGAACAAUUCAAAAAUAUUUUUGUAGAAACAGAUAGGAUAUCAAGGGAACUUGAAGCUUUAAAUAAAGUAAUUAUUGAGAAUGGGAUGGGGGUGGCAGAAUAUGAGCUAGAGAAAAGAUUGAAUUGA